AUGCCUACCUUACCCGGUGCUUCUCCCCCGACGAGUAAGGCAAAGCCGAGCUCGGGCAACGCUGUGGGUACUCCCAAAUGCAAAAUUAGUAGCAAGGCAAAGCCGAGCGAGCAAGAAAAUACUAUAUCGUCUAAGACGAAAGUCAAAUCCUCUGACAAUAAAUAUGUUGGUAAGGCUAAGCCGAACCGCGAGGUUGACAACACGAGCAAGGCUAAGCCGCGCUCGGACUCAAAAUCGAAGUCUGUGGAUUCACGCAUUGAUAAGCUGGAAGACAUGCUUUCUGUGUUAAUGGAGAGAAUCCCUGCCCCGGCACAGCCGGCUCUGGCCCCACAGACAUUCUCCUCUCCGGUUGAUAAAAACACGGAGCCCCUCUCGGUAGGAAGAUUGACCUCGGGGGAAGGCCUUUUGGCCGAUGAUUUUUAUGAUGGAAGUGAAUCGCCAGGUAGCGAACUUCUUUAUGAUACCGACGAUGUCGGAAGCAUGAGCAGAGCUGUUGGUAGUGUGCCUACUACUGCCGGCAAGGGACAAGAUCCAAUUCCCAUGAUCGCCGCAAAAUUUGCCAUGCCCUCGGGGAUUGGUUACAGACUAUGCCAAUCGAGAUCAAGGCAAUUCGUCAUCCCGUAUGUAUGGGAACUCAGAGCGCCCUUUUGUAGGGCAGCGCCAGAAUUCCAACUUCAAGAAAGGGAAUUCAAAACAACAGGCAUCACACACCUACACCCCAACAGCAGCCAACAGGGGCAAACAAUCGUACCAUCGCAAGAAGUAGUCGAGGGAAUUUCCCCUUCAGGCUCAAGCACUCAAGAGGCUUGGCGUGCACACUGUGACCUACAUGGAUUAACAGAGAGAACUACAGACAUUAUUGGUGCAUCAUGGAGAGAAUCAACAAAGAAACAAUACAACAUUUACAUCUCCAAGUGGAAAAUUUUCUGCGAACAGCACAAACUUCCAUGGAUGCAGGCUAAAGCUAAGGAUAUUUUAGAGUUUUUCAGUGACCUUUUUUACAGACAUAAUGCUAGCUAUAGUGCUAUCAAUACAGCAAGGAGUGCCCUGGCAUCAGUCAUGAGUUUGGAUGAUAGCAACUAUACGAUUGGUUCACAUCCUAUCAUAAGCAAGUACAUGAAAGGUGUUUUCCAGCUAAGAACUCCAACCCCACGCUAUGCUCAGGUUUGGGACGUCAGUAUUGUAUUGGAUUACCUUCGUCUUCAACCAGCUAAUGAUAAGCUUCCUUUGUGUAAAUUGACUCAAAAAUUGAGCAUGUUACUUGCGCUUACUUCAGCACAAAGAGUACAAACUCUUUGGAACCUUAAUUUGGACAAGAUGUGUUUGAAGACGGACUCGGUGGAAUUCCACGUUGAUAGCCUGCUUAAGCAGAGUAAACCAGGAAAUGUUGGUAUAAUGGUGAAGAUAUCAGCAUUCCCAGAGGAUGAACGGCUUUGUGCCGUACAUUGCAUUGAACAAUAUAUAAAACUGACAAAAGAAAUAAGGAAGUCAGAGAGACACCUGUUCAUCUCGUUUCGGAAGCCACACAAAAGGGCAUCCUCGCAAACAAUUUCGAGAUGGAUCAGAGUUGUGAUGAAAAUUUCUGGCAUCGAUACGGACCAGUACAAGUCUCACUCUACAAGGGCAGCAUCUACUUCAAUAGCCAAGAAGAUGCACAUCCCAAUGGAUGUGAUUCUCAAGCAUGCCGGUUGGGCCAAUGAGAAAACUUUUGAAAAAUACUACAACAAACCAGUGAAUACGGGACAUUCUACUUUCACUCAAGCAGUCCUACAUCACUGAUUCUGAUUUCUACCAGGACCAGGUUAGCUAUUCCUGAUAUUUGUUGACAAAUUAUUGUCGCAUAUGUGACUACUGAGCUUUGAAGUCUCAUGUAUUCUCGUUACCGAGAAAUAUGAAAUAAAAUAGGAGGAUUAAACGAGAACUUACAGUUUGAAGUUUGAUCCUUAUUUUAUGAGUAUUAGGAGGUUAGAGAAUACAUGCCCUACCUCUCCCUCCCUUGCUCAGGAUCAUUAGUAUGUUCUCAUCAGUCCUAUUUUAUUUAUUUUAUUUGUUCAUCAGUAGUCACAGUUGCUUUGAAGAUUGAUUGUAGCGUUGCGGGCGGGCUCUCAUGUAUUCUCUAACCUCCUAAUACUCAUAAAAUAAGGAUCAAACUUCAAACUGUAAGUUCUCGUUUAAUCCUCCUAUU